ACGGGUCGACCCUCAGGAUACUAACAGCACACAACAAUUACCGAAAGGAGAUGAGUGAGACCUUGCAGGACGUAGAGGAUUUCGGGGAUCAAGACGACUUUGAGACGUUUUAUCAGCAUUUGGAGGAGUCGGCAAAGAGGAUUCGGAUGGCUCUAGCCCUAGUGGCUAUGGAGUGCUCAGAGGGUGGACGAUUCGAGCAGUACCCACGGAGCCCUAAGUACGACCGGAAUCCUGAUGGUUUCCGGAGCCCUGUGAACUUUACGCACAGGGAUGGAGGAGAUUCUCGCGGGCACUGGGAACCUGAUCGGGAUCGCAGAGACGGAUAUCGUGGAGGAUAUGAUAGGGCGGAUAGAGCAGGCGACAAAUGUGCCGACUCCAGAGGAGAAAGGCACGAUGAUUCUCGAGGAGAUCGGCGGGACGAUUCUCGUGGGCGAUAUGAUCGAGGAGGAUAUCCUGCAUCGUCAGGGUAUCUAAAGUCACCCACUUAUCCCAGGUCUCCAGGACCAUCCAACCCAAAUGCCAGAGCAGUGGGAGGACUGACGCCUAGAGUCGGAGAGGACAGACCACCUACCCCGAGGAGUACUUGCGUCUACUGCAAGGCGGAUGACCAUGUCAAAAGGGACUGCCCCGACCUCAAGCGGGCAAUAGACGAGGGGGUCGUAGUGUUUGACGACCGAAAGUACGUCAAGUGGGCGGAUGACCUAGGAGAUGUCUCAAUGUUUCCUUCGAUGAAGGAAAACGUCGACGCCAGACGAGUACGCCCCAGCAAAGGGAAGGAAGUAGCGAGGAGUUGGAGCAUCAGGAUACUGAUGUCGUCGGACGAGGACGAGCCUACGAUGCCUAUCCGAGUUGCGGCGACGAAAUCCGCCAGAUCAUCAUCAUCCAAGAAGACGGACAUCGAUUAUGUGAUGGCAGAAAAGGAUGGACAGAGGAUCGAUGGAGAGGAAGUACUACUGUCACCACGGAAGCGCGGAGCUCGCAAGUUCACAAUGAAGAGCUCAUUGGAUGAUAUUGAUACAUUGGAUGAGGCGAACCUAACGGUCAGUGGAACGAAGAGCAGAUGGGCGGUAUCGUCGAUCAAAAUAUUGGGCUUUAUAUGUGAUUCGAGAGGACAACGAGCCGAUCCGACCAAGCUGGACAAGCUCUUGAAUUGGCCGACGCCGCUGCACAGUGCAAUGAAGGUCCGCCAAUUCUUAGGAGUUGUGGGGUACUGGCAGAUCUUUAUCCGAGCAUACGCAGAGAAGGCGGAGUUACUACGGAUUCUCCUUAGGAAAACGGAAAAAUUUUACUGGGAUUUUUCUCAGGAACUCGCGAUCUUAACACUUAAAGGAGAAUUCAAGGACGGUGGCCGAAUCUUGGGGGUACCAUUCUUCGACGACGAGACCAAUAGGCCAUUCAUAGUAUCUACGGAUGUUGGGCGGUGCUCAGUCGGAGGACUACUCUCGCAGAAGGACGCUGAUGGGAAGGCAAGACCGUUGAGAUUUGAAAAGCGUACGCUCAACACAGCGGAGCGCAACUACAGUCAAUUUAAGAAGGAGGUAUUGGCAGUCUUACGAUGUCUGGAUACGUUUAGGCAUUACAUUUAUGGAAGACGAUUCAUCCUACGGGUAGAUCCUACUGCGGUAGCAUCAGUCCUACAGAAGGACUUCACCUUGACCGAUCCUACGAUCGCCAGAUGGCUGAUCAGGAUACGACUCUACGACUACACCGUCGAGAGAAUCUCGGGUGCAAAGAACGUUGUAGCUGAUGGACUUUCACGCAUCCCGAUUGAGGUCGAACGGUCGAUAACGGUGACAGCAUUAACAAUUACUGAACCCAGACGCACCGAUCAGUUCCUAGUGAAUCUUUAUGAAGGAAAAUACCGUGCGAUCGAGUUGCACCCGUCUGGUGAGGAGAGUCCAGAAUCAGAGACCCGGAGACAAGCAACCUAGUACUGCUUGAGGGCCGGAAAUCUGUUUCGCAGACCCAUUG